AUGAUCAACAACGAUGGGUCAUGGGACGAAAGCGAAGAGCCCGGAGAGCCCGAACGGGAGAGGAAGCGAGCGCGACGACUAGGAGAGCAGCGAUCCAGGAACGGCUGCCUGACCUGCCGCCGUCGCAGGAAGAAGUGCCCCGAGGAUGUGCGCGUCUGGUCCGACGGCACUCAGGCCUGCUCGGUCUGCCACCAGCGAGGCGAGGUCUGCCACAUGCCCGCUGCUGGCUCCAGCUUUCUUCCUCCCGCGAGCCUCCCACCGCCCGCGUAUGUCACCACGAUGGAGCAACCGCAACAGUACUGGGCGCAGGUGCAAUCACAUCAAGAACAGAACCAAAGGCAACAAGCGCAUUUUGGGAAAACAAAGUCCUCUUCCCAGCAAAGGAAUGCUGGUUCAUCGUCUUCUUCGGCAUCGACGUCGUCUUCUCCGCCCUUUAGUCAUUCCUUUUUGAACACGGCAACGGUGGCUACGACGACGACGACACCGAGUUCUUUUCAUGACUCCUCUUCGACUGCACCUGUGACGCCAAGUUAUGAUCAAGCUCAUUCAAGGUCAAACGAGUCUCACUUUGCGGCGGCCAAGGAGCCAUAUGAGCCCGUUACCCAUAGCUCCAAUCCUCCUUGUCCGGUAGUCCUGCCACAUCAACAAGAAGGACCUCCUCCUGCGUUUGUCGAGUCAUCGAUCUUUGACGACUUCUUCAGAGACUUUGUGGAUCUCUCUGGCCACUUCUUCCCCAGUGAGAUGGGAGGCGCUGCAAGCAUUGGAGCAGACUUCCUCGGUGUCUUUCCCGCCCGAGGAGUGGAGCAACAUCGACAGCCGCAGCAGCAUCUACCUUCCACUGCGCAAUCACAGGCUCCAUCAGCCGGCGCGGUCACCCAAGAGAGCGGGGCAAGCACGUCUUUGACCACUCACUACGAGGACGUUGUCGGCUCCGACGAACUGGAUCAGCUCAUGGAAAAGUACAGCAAACUUUAUGAGCGAUUCUGGCAAGCGUCUGUGCAGAUCCGUGAUGAGGCAGUGCAGCAACGCGCGACACAGGAACUGUAUCAGCUGAGCCGGUCAAGCCGCGCCUGUCGCGCGGCCACCGUGGCAGUCUGCCUGGUCUUCCACUACACGCUGCUCGAGGAGCGAGCGAGAAAUGGCCGCCAGCUCAAAUACCUGCAGCAGAUCAGCGGCGACACGCUUCUGCACGAUGAUGAUGAUGACGACGACGACAAUAAUGACGACCGCGACAAUGUCGCCGUCGGAUCUGAAGACAAUGAGACGCAGCUCAGCAAACAGCAGUUGAAGCAACAGCAGAGAAAGCAGCUUCAUCAGCUAAAGCGCCAUCCCGCCAAACGGUGGCUGCACUACGCCUAUCACGAGUACAAGCGGCAGCAGGGCCAGCUGACGCUCUUGCAACGGGCGUUUUCACUCAGCAAUAUCCAUGCAGCCAUUCAAACGCUCGACUGCGACAUGCCUCGAGACAUCAUGGUCGUCGAGAUGGUCAAGGAGCUCGAGAUGCUCGACAUCGACACUAGACUCCUCCUCCGUGCCCACAAGAGGGGCUCCAUCACCACAAUUCUCGUCCUCUCGCUCGCAUACACGACCAUCGCACACCAGGUCGGGCAGGGCCGAGCCCGGAGCCCGAUUCCAGGCACGAUUGCCUCGUUGGGCGAGGACGAGAUGGUGGAGCUGAGCGGUGGCAGGGGCCAGCGCUCGCCCAGGAGGCCUUGGGAGGGCCAUGAGGAGGAGGAUUUCGACUACUUUGAGCCGACGUGCGUCACUGCACCUCUCGUCCUCUGCUUCAAGGCAGCCUCGGAGCUGGGCGCGGACAUUGAGGAGGGCAAGCCUCUGAACAGAGCCGAGGCCCAGCAUAUCGAGCGACUCCUUAGAAAAAGCAAUGCGCUGGCACCCGUUGUCGAGGGCGGCGUGGCAGGCAUGCGUGUGCACAUGAUGAACCAGAUGCUCCGCCAGGCUUGUCUCAUCCACCUCUACCAGGCCGUCUUCCGGUACGGGCCGACAUCGCCAGUGAUUCGAAAGUGCCUCGAAGAGAUCCUCGACCUCUGCCGCCUUAUCCCUCCCGAGCCACCGUCCACGCCGCCUCUCGCGGGAAUGUCGGGCGGGGACGAUCAUCCCUCCACGGUCACCAAGCAACAACAACGGCCGCGGGAAGCAGUAGGAAUCACCAGCCGGGGCAGACCAGGAAUCGACCUGAAACUCGACGUGGACACGGGCGAGAUGGCGGCCGUGUGGAUCUUGGCCUGCACCGUAUGCCUGAGGGCAGAGGAUCGAGUCUUUUGCAUGGACAAGCUCGAGAACAUGGGAAACGAGUGA